CCACCCGACUCCGGCGCUUUACGGCAGUAACGACCAGUGAAGAGGCAAGGAGAAACGGCACCGAGUCGUGUGCUGUGAAAUCUCUCGCAGGUGAAAACUGCUACCUGGUGGACUACAGCAACGCUCUAGCGAUUCCGCUUUAGAGACAUUGUAUUUGCUGUACAGUUUUCCCUGAAUGACGUGGGAUGGCUGAGGUGCCGCCUGGGCCUAGCGCACUGCCUGUAUCCCCGGCCGAAAUUAUCCCCUUCCCCGGGGGUGUGUGCACUGUCCCCGGGGGAGGGGACGGACGAGAUUGCGGGCGAGGAGAGUCAGUCAAAACGGAGACAGGACAGCUUCAGCAAGCUUGUGAAGGGAAAGGGACGAACAAAUCAAACCAGAAAUGCCCGUGCUCCCACCCGUCAGCUCAUUUUCACACGCAAGCGCCACAGCAGCUCAACGGCUUGAUCAGCACCGCCGAGGACGGCCUCCUGUCUAGCCAGCACCGCAGCCGUGUUCAGAGCCACCUUCACCACCCCGUGCACAGACCGCCUGACAGCCAGAGAGGCCAGUCGGAGCACAGUGACAGCGCCGAGGAUGCCCGUGGAGGAGCACAGGAGAACUGCCACGCCGAUACUAACCAUGGGACGUGUCCGCAGCGGAGCCGGUCGUUUUCUGACAACGGAAUCUGUGGCGCGCCGGCUGCCGCCAGGACUGAGCGGAGUCCCGGCCGCCCCGCCGUGGAGGAGCCGGGCAGCGCCCGAUGCCCAGAGGAUGGGGAACUGUCAUCCCCGGUGCGGGAAAUGGCUGGGCUUUGUUUGAACAGCACGCCCGAGAGGAACCAGGAAGACCCUGCCAUUGAGUACGUGAGAUACGAGUCUGAGCUGCAGAUGGCGGACAUCAUGAGGCUGAUCACCAAGGACUUGUCAGAGCCCUACUCCAUUUACACUUAUAGGUACUUCAUUCACAAUUGGCCUCAACUCUGCUUCCUGGCAGUGGUGCAGCAGGAGUGCGUGGGGGCCAUUGUGUGCAAGCUGGACAUGCACAAGAAGGUGUUCCGGCGCGGCUACAUCGCCAUGCUCGCUGUGGACUCCAAAUACCGCAGGAAGGGCAUCGGUACCAAUCUGGUGAAGAAGGCCAUCUACGCCAUGGUAGACGGGGACUGUGACGAGGUGGUGCUGGAGACGGAGAUCACAAACAAGUCGGCCCUGAAGCUCUAUGAGAACCUGGGUUUUGUGAGGGACAAGCGGCUCUUCCGCUACUAUCUCAACGGGGUCGAUGCAUUGAGGCUCAAACUGUGGCUCCGCUAGCAACCCCCCCCACCCACUCCCAAACUGACUUGCUUCGACCGCCUCCAGUCGGGGAGCCCUGCCUGGACAUGAAUUCAAGUAACAAGUUUUCUGUCAGCCAGGGUGGAGGAAGCCUGACUGACUGGAUACAAUCAACACAGGGCACACGAGGACAGAGUAAAAUCUAUAAAUGAUUAAUAGUAUAUAUUAAGAGGUUUUUGAAUGAA